ACUCCGCUCCACUCAAUUACCGAAGAAUCCAACCUAUCCCGCCAAACCCACAAAAAUAAACACAUAAAAAGAAAAUUAAAAAACAAAAAAAGAAAUUAUCUUCAUUCAAAGCUGUGAAAAUUGAAAAUAAAGGCACAAAAACCCUAGGCCAGGGUUUUCUGCCCAGAGGGAACGAAAAUGGUAACUUCGGAGUCCGAGCACCCAGUCAUCUUCACCAAAGGUACCGAAAUUGAAGUCACCAGCGACGAGGACGGUUUCAGAGGCGCCUGGUACCGAGCUACUCUUGUUGAGUCCCCACCAAAAUCUGCUUCCAAGAAACGUAAGAAAGUCCUGGUUGAGUACAAGUACUUGCUUGCUGAUGAUGGCACCAGUCCCUUGACGGAGUACGUUGACCCAGCUUAUGUAAGGCCAUUGCCUCCUCAAAAAACGACUGAGAAGAAGCCAUUUGAGUUAAACGACUUAGUUGAUGCCAAUUACCGAGAUGGGUGGUGGACUGGUACUGUAAGGAAGAUUCUUGAUGACGGGAAACUCAGGGUUUGUUUUGAUAACCCACCUGAUGUUCUUGAUUUUGAAGAGAAAGAUUUGAGACUUAGUUGGGUUUGGGUUAACGGUAACUGGGUCCGACCCAAAAAGCUGUUUUAUUUCUUAAAGCAAUCAACAGGAUCCGUUUUUAGCCCAGGGACAGCGGUAGAAGUAAAUCCUGACGAAUUAGAAAACUUACGUGAUGUCUGGUUCCCUGCAAUCAUCAUUAAAGAAAAUGAGGAUGGCACUUUCUUUGUCAAGUAUGAAAACAAAAUGAUUGGUGAUGAACCUGGAAUGGUAAAAGUUAAUCUGGAUUCCAAGCAUAUCCGACCUACCCCUCCUCGCUACGUGGACAAAAAUUAUGAAUUGCUGGAAAAAGUUGAUACAUCCUAUGGUUUUGGUUGGCGGGCUGGAGUGAUUACCAAAGUUCUCCCUGAGGGAAGGUACAAUGUCUUUUUUAAGCAUGGAAAUGUGGAUAAAGAAUUUAGUCAUUCAGAAUUAAGGCCUCAUUUGGAAUGGACUGAUGGCAAGUGGAUUAGUAAAUCAAAGGAAAUCUUGAUAGCUUCUGGUAAUCAAGAACAGUUGGGGCAUGCUUGUACUAGUGCCAACAACCCUGAGCAAGCUUUGAAAUUUGUCAGUUCAAGCUCUGCAAAGGAUAACAGUGAAGAUAAAACACCUAAUUUUACCAACAUAAGAAAUAAUCAGAUGAAGCAGUCAAGUCCCUGCCAUGAGGAUUUUACGUCUUAUUCCUUUCCAAGCAAGAAGAAGAUCAAGCUGUCUGACUCUAAUGGUUCUAUCAUGCGAUCACGUCCGAACAGAAUGUUGACUGAAAGAAAUGUUUCAGAGACCUCAUCUCAUAUAAAAGAGAUGCCGAAUGAAACUGAGGACAAACAAUCUGAUUUUAUGUCUAAAAAGGCGGAAAGCACAGGAACUAGGCGCUUGAAGAAACCUGUGAUGGCUGAUCAGCCUCCUGCUAAAAUCGAGAGUCCAUAUCUUGGAAAGAGAAUUAAGACUAAGCAACAGAAAUUUGGAGCUGACUUCCAAACAAUAGAUCUUGUAAAAAGGAAGGGAAGACCAACAAAAUUCCAUGUUAAAAUGUCACCAGCUGCUGCCACUGGUAAGGAGACUGAUACAGAAGUGGCUAAUGCUGAAGAACUGAAUGAAAAUGAUCGUAAAGAGGAAGAAGUUGAAACCCGUGUCAUCUUAGGGUUAAAAGCUAGUAAGGGUGUAAGGGGCACACAGGCUAGAAAUUCUGUUCAGAUUUCUAAGAAUGAAUCACUGAAGCUAAUUAGGGACCAGAAAAAAAAUAUAAAUGAUUCAGAAGGAGACAACAGCACGCCAAGAGUAGGAGGAAGCAGCCAAAGAAGAAAAAGAGGAAGACCACGUAAAUUAGUAAUCACAAGCCCCGGGGCACCAGAGGACGGUAAGGAUCACAAAAGGGCUGGAGUUGCUGCUGAUGAAAUUGGAGUAAAAGAUCAUGUAACCAGUGAAACUGAGUUGCAUACACUUCGAAGGGUGGAAUCUGCAGUUUCUCGAGAUAUCUCUGGAGAGAGGGUGGCUCAAGUUUCCGAGAUUGAUUCUUCAAUAAAAGAGGUUGAUAUGGCCAUUGCUGUAGUAUCCAACAACCCAACUGAUGAUGAUCAACCUCUAUCAACUUGGAUUGGAGGGAUGCACUCUACAAGUGUUGAAGAAUUAAGAUUAUCCUCCGGUAGAACUGCCAAUGGAUUGAAUGAGGCUAGAGAAAGACAGAUUGAUAGAGUCACUGAAUCUUCUGCAAAUCAUAACAAAAAUGGAACCAUGCCAGUAGAAAAUGAAGUGUUACCAUUUGUGAAGAAGUCAACUAUUUGGAGUACAAUUGAAUCAAUGGAAGUUUUUCAAAUAGUGCCCCAAAAUCCACAUUUUCAACCUUUAUGUGAAACUAAAGAAGAGUAUCGUGAAGGAUCAGCUAUUGGUAUUAUGGUAACUUUUGCAGGUUUGUUUGAGAAGAUCUCCAUGUUGCGACUUAAUGAUUCUAGAAGAAUAUUUGAUAGCACCUUGGAAAGUCUUGUGGAUUUAGAGAAGCAUGGAUUUGAUGUUACAGUGCUACAAGAUCGUGUGAAUUCAUUGCUUUCACUUCAGGUUGGGCAAGAAGAAAAUCUGAAUGAAAUAAAAGAAACUGAAAAGAAGGUAAUGGAGUUUACUAGUGAGAAUACAAAGUUAGAUAAAGAAUUAGAGGAGAUAAAAAAGAAGAUAAGUGAGUUGCAGGAAAAACUAGAGUCAACAAAAUUGAAAAAGGAGAUACAGGCGAUCGAGAUUUCUAGGUUGCAGUCUCAUCUUGAUGAUAUGAGUGAACGAGUUCAAAGUGCCCAACAUGACUUUGGAAAACUAGCCACUGCUCCUUGGAAGUCAGCUUGAUGUUGUGGUGUUGGGUUUGCCAUGAUGAUGAUGAUGAUGAAUUUUUUGUGCAUCUGUAGCUAGGGGUUGUAGUAAUAAUGUUGUUAUGUAUAUUUUGAACUCAUCUUAGCUGUCUAUCCGCAACAUCUACUUUGUACCUAGGUUUUAGAAUACUAUGAACGUCUACUAUUUAUAGUGAUGAACUUGUAUUAUGAUUAUUAUUGCAAUCGUAGAACUGACUCAGUCUGAUGUGGUGUA